CACAGGAUCCAAGAUCUAGUAAUGGUAGAGUUGAUAGUAUAGAAAUUGACUUUAUGUAGACACCAAUUAACUUAAGGUAUUUAUUGCAAUUUAUUAUAUUAUAUGUUGACAUUAAUUAUUGAAUCUGAAUCGCAAUAAAUAUUUUAAUAUUUUAAUAAUGAAUCAUAUUAAUUAUCACAAUAACAGAUGAUAAGUUUUUAUAUUUUUUUCUUUGUUUCAAACUUAGAUGGUAUUACUGAAAGAUAAUAUUUAUUGCAAAAAAACUGCUUUUGACGAUGCAAUGGAUUUUAGCAGAAAAUCUGCAACUUCAGUCUUACGACGUCUGGCGGAGGGCGUAUUUAAGCGUGAUGCGAUUUUAAAAUGUACUUUCAGCGGACGACCUCCUUCUGCUCAAGGCAAAGAUAAACAGGCAGAGCAAGUAGAUGCAUUAGACAGAACUGCAAGAACAGUAGUGAAAGAAUAUUGCGAAAAUUAUGCGAUUCGUCAAGGCUGGCCGCGCUCAAAGAAAAAUGAACUACGUGCUGCAAUGUCUCAAUGGCUUGGGGAAUUGAAAAGAGCAGAAAAAAAAAUGCUGAACUAAAUAAGUAACUCUAAUGAUCUUGUACAAAAGGUCACUUUUCUUUCAGCCUAUACAUUUUGUUAAUUUUUUUUUUUUUGAUAUUUGUGACAUUACCUAAAGCAUAAUUACUUAUUUUCAAAAAUCUUUAAGGUCUUUACUAUGUAUAAGCAUUCUGAUUAUCAGUCAUUGAUUUAAGUGUUUAAUCUCCCAUUUGUUAUUGAUAAAAAAGUGCAAUAUUGGGAUAGAUAAGACUAUAGUUGCAUUAAUAAGUUUACUUGUAAGUUUAAUUAAAAAGCAAAAUAUUUUACGUCUAGUCUUUACCUUAUAAAUAAAAAUAUAUGAGUGAUA